GUCGCGCGCCUGCGUACUGCGGACGGAGGGCCGCGGCCUGGCGGCGAGCUGGGGUUGUACUAUAUAGCCCCCUUUCCGGCAAAUCGCGCGAGAUUUCGCUCCCCCUGGGCUCCACGACGGUCAGCGACGCGCAAGCUACUGCUGGAACUGCGGCUCUCGGCUGUUUCGGGCCCCCGCGGUGAGAGAGGAGACUCUCAACCAGGGUGACUUCCAGGCGUCUUCCUGGAGCUACCGGGGACACUGGUGUUACUGCCCGGGACACUGGGAUAGGGAAUGCUCGAGAAGCAGAAGCAGGAGUAUUUUAUGCAGAAAUCUUGUGAAACCACUGCCCAAUCAGAGUGAUGAUCGUUCAAAGAGUGGUAUUGAAUUCUCGACCUGGAAAAAAUGGUAAUCCAGUGGCAGAGAAUUUCCGAAUGGAAGAAGUCUAUUUACCAGAUAAUAUCAAUGAAGGACAAGUACAAGUUAGAACUCUUUACCUUUCUGUGGAUCCUUACAUGCGUUGUAGAAUGAAUGAAGACACUGGCACUGAUUAUUUAACACCUUGGCAGCUAUCUCAAGUGGUUGAUGGUGGAGGUAUUGGAAUUAUAGAAGAAAGCAAACACACAAAUUUGACUAAAGGCGAUUUUGUGACUUCUUUCUAUUGGCCCUGGCAGAGCAAGGUUAUUCUGGAUGGAAAUAGCCUUGAAAAGGUAGACCCACAACUUGUAGAUGGACACCUUUCGUAUUUUCUUGGAGCUAUAGGUAUGCCUGGUUUGACUUCCUUGAUUGGAAUACAGGAGAAAGGUCAUAUAACUGCUGGAUCUAAUCAGACAAUGGUUGUCAGUGGGGCUGCAGGUGCCUGUGGAUCCUUGGCUGGACAGAUUGGCCAUUUAUUGGGUUGUUCCAGAGUGGUGGGAAUUUGUGGAACACGUGAGAAAUGCAUCCUUUUGACCUCAGAACUGGGCUUUGAUGCUGCAAUUAAUUAUAAAAAAGAGAAUGUGGCAGAACAACUUCGUGAAUCAUGCCCAGCUGGAGUGGAUGUUUAUUUUGACAAUGUUGGCGGUGACAUCAGUGAUACAGUGAUAAGUCAGAUGAAUGAGAACAGCCACAUCAUCCUGUGUGGUCAGAUUUCUCAAUACAACAAAGAUGUGCCUUAUCCUCCCCCGCUAUCCACUGCUAUAGAGGCAAUCCAGAAAGAAAGAAACAUCACAAGGGAAAGAUUUCUGUUGUUAAAUUAUAAAGACAAAUUUGAGCCUAGCAUUCUACAGCUGAGUCAGUGGUUUAAAGAAGGAAAGCUAAAGAUUAAAGAGACAGUAAUAAAUGGAUUGGAAAACAUGGGAGCUGCAUUCCAGUCCAUGAUGACAGGCGGUAACAUUGGAAAGCAGAUAGUUUGCAUUUCAGAAGAAAUCUCUUUGUAAUCACUGUAAAUGUCAUCAAGGCAAUCACAGAUUUCUUUUCCAUUUUGCAUAUUUUCAAAGAUACAUUAAAAAAUCCUUAGGACAUACAUAGCUCUUGAUUUAAAUGUGAUGAUAGGUGUUAUUUUUAGUGGCCAUAGGGGAUUUGAUAUACUCAUUAAUGAAUCAUACAUGUUUUUUUUUGUUUUUUGUUUUUGUUUUUUUUUUUUUAGUAACUAUAACAUUUAAUACUUUAUUGAGUCAAUCUGUUAUUCAUGGUGGUUAUUAUUCUGGAAUCACCACUGUAAACAUUUAAAUUAACCUUUGCAUUUUGUUAUUUUCUUUGUUCACCACAAACUUUCAACAAAUUGUAGCUAGUGUCAGUAAUUAGUGAAAACUCCUUACCUUUUUCCAUAAAAUUCCAUGACUGGUAUUGAGUAAUAUUCUUUGUAUCCUGAAUCUUCUAUAAAUGUAUUAGCAGCACAAUCUCGUAUAUUUUCUAAAUUUUUUAAAAAUAUGAGUUAGGUUAUUAAAGACAUAUCUUUAAACACAUCUAAACAAUUAUAAGAAUUAUUUGUAUGAAAUGGUAUAUAUGUAAAUGACAAAUUUUAAAUUUACUAUUCCAGAAGACCCUGAUAGCAGCUGCAUGUAUCUAAUCCUUACUUUGAGAAUGAGGAAAAAAAUACAAAAGGGAAGACAUACAGUAUACAGAAGGUGGAAAAGCAAUAACAGUUGAAAAGUAGAAUGUUUACACUAAAUUCCAGGUGAAGAAUUACUGUUCUAUAACUUUAGAGGAUCUCUGUUCUAAUCCUAAUUCUUUGAGAAAAAAUGGAAGAAUGAGUGUCUAGAGAUUUCUUUUUUUCUUUUAGGGAGGGAAAGAGGAAGGGAGGAAGGCAGGAAGGGAGGGCAGGAGGAAGAGAGGGAGGAAGGAAGGGAGGAAGGGAGGGAGGGAAGGGAAGGAAGGAAUUCAAGCAGUGAGAGAGACGUUGCCGACCUGGAUCUAGAGGUUUACAAGUUGAUCUCUUUUUUUGGGAGAAGGAAAGAAAAAAAAAAAGAGUAAAGGAGAGAAAGAAAGGAAGAGAGAGAGGGAGGGUGAACGGAAAUAUUGCUUUAUUCUGAAAAAAAAAAAUGGGUAUUAAUAAUGGCCAAUCAAUGUUUCAUUUAAACCUAUGAGUAGGUGUGAAGUGGUAUUGACAAGAAUGUAUAUUUUAUGUAUUUGAAGUGGAGAGCUCUAUAAGUAUUUAUUAAGUUUACUUGUUCCGGAUCUGAGUUCGAGUCCUUGAUAUCCUUAUUAAUUUUCUGUCUCAUUGAAUCUAAGUCUCUAUGUAUCUGGGUGUUAGGAUUGUUAGCUCUUGUUGUUGCAUUGAUCCUUUUACCACUAUACCUUUGUUGCUUUAAAAUCUCUUUUAUCCACUACGAGAAUUGCAACUCCUGCUUUUUAUUUAUUUAUUUUUGCUCUCCAUUUGGUUGUUAAAUCUUUCUCCGUCCCUUUGUUUUGAGUCUUUGUGUAUCCUUGCAUGUGAAACAGGUCUGGAUGUAACAUGCCAUUGGGUUUUGGCUGUGUCUUUUGAUUGGGGGAUUUAGUCAAUUUAAAUUUAGGGUUACUGCCAUUUGAUGUUAACUGGCUGUUUGAUCCAUUCGUUGAUGAAAAUUCUUUAUGUUGGUACUCUUGACUUUUUGGUAUAUUUUUAGUAAGGCUAAUACUGGUUGUUUCUUUCUGUGUGUAAUGCCUCUUUCAGAAGCUCUUGUAAAGCAGGCCUGGUGGUAGUAAAAUCUCUGAGUACUUGCUUGUUCAUAAAAGAUUUUAUUUUUCCUUCAGUUGUGAAGCUUAGUUUGGCUGGAUAUGAAAUUCUGGGCUGAAGGUUCUGUUCUUUGAGGAUGUUGAAUAUUGGCCCCCACUCUCUUCUGGCUUGUAGAGUUUCUGCUGAGAGAUCUGCUGUAAGUCUGAUAGGCUUGCCUUUGUGGGUAACCUGACCUUUCUCUCUGGCUGCCCUUAGUAUUUUCUCCUUCGUUUCAACCCUGGUGAAUCUAACGAUUAUGUGCCUUGGGGUUGCUCUUGAGGAAUAUCUUUGUGGUGUUCUCUGUAUUACCUGGGGUUGAAUAUUGACCUGCUUUGCUAGUUCAGGAAAGUUUUCCUGAAUAAUAUCCUGAAGGGUAUUUUCCAGCUUGGAUUCAUUCUCUACGUCACAUUCAGGUACACCUAUCAAACGUAAAUUUGGUCUUUUCACAUAGUGCCACAUUUCUUGGAGACUUUGCUCAUUCCUUUUUAUCCUUUGUUCUCUAAUCUUGUCUUUUUGUUUUCUUUCAUUAAGUUGGACUUUGACCUCUGUUAUCCUUUCUUCUGCUUGAACAAUUCGAGUGUUUAAACCCGUGCAUGCUUCUCGGAGUUCCUGUAUUGUAUUCUUCAGUUCCAUUAAUUCACUUAUAUUCCUCUAAGUUGUCUAUUCUCAAUAGGAUUUCGUCAAACCUUUUUUCAAAGUUCCUAGUUUCUUUACAUUGGGCUACAACAUGUUCUUUUAACUCACCAAAGUUUCUUAUUAUCCAUUCCUUGAAGAGUGAUUCUGUCAUUGGGAUGCACUCGUUCUCCAUCAAGCCUUGUUCCAUUGUUGAUGUGGAACUGUGAUCAUCUUUAGAGGAAGAGGCAUUCUGACUUUGAGUAUUCUCAGCCUUUUUACGCUGGUUUCUUCCCAUCAUUGUAAAUUUAUCCUCCUGUCCACUUUGAAAUUACCAACUUUCAGAUUAGGUCUCUUGAUUGUACGUUCAAGUUGUUAGUUCCCAGGGCCAGAACGGCGGCGUUAAGACUGAUGGUGCUUUUCUGCCCAGGAUUCUCCUGCCUGGCUUCCUUCUUGUGUCUGUAAUGGGCGACUCUGCCUUCCCGGGACUCCAAACCUCGGUCAGAAGGGGAACCAGUCUCCUUUACUCUGCGCUGAGAGCUGCCGCUCUGAGAUGCCAUCACAGCUGCUGCACCGGUCUCAGGAGUCGUGCUGGGGACCCGUGUGGGUCCUCCAAGCCUCGGUCAGAAGGGGAGCCGGCCCUGUUUACUCUGCUCCGAGAGCUGCUGCGCCGAGGUGCUGGCGAAACCGCUGCACCGGCCACAAGAGUCGUGCUGGCGACCGUGUGGUUUCUCCACUGGGGAUCUUCUGCUCCGUGAGCGACCAGAAUUUGUCUGAAAGUGUGGCAUCCUCUAGUUCUCUGCGCUUUGACUGAGAGCUGCAAUCCCAAGCUGUUAUCGAUCGGCCCUCUUGGAUCGUUCCUCGUGUCUAGAGAUUUCUACCGCACUCUUUGGUUACCUACUCUAGGGCAAAUAUGGUCCAUUAGAAGUCUGUAAAUUCUGUGAGGAUGAUAGCUGUACCUAGCUUAUUUAUAAUUUUAUCUCAGAUAUCCAACACAGUACGUUACAUAUAACUGUACUUAAUUCAUUUAUGUUAAAAUAAUACAUGAAUGAGUGAGUGAGUUGUAAGAAUAGUCAUUUGGAGAGCUGUCUAGUGCCUCUAUCAACAAAGGCUCUUUUUGGUUGGAGAAUAGGAUAAAAGAGUUGUGAAAUGACAAACUGUCUAAGGAAUGAUCAUUUAAACCUGAAAAUCUUCCAAAGCAUUUUCAAUUGAAGGGGUGCUGAUAUCAAAUUCAAUUCCUGAAAAUAUUGAUUCUCUUUGUAGUGAAAAUUCUGGCAUUUAAAAUCUCUUCCAUAAAUAAAUGGAGGCAAUUCUCACUCUGUCUUGACCUUGUCAUCUGUAAAAGGCUGAAGUAGACUAAAUAUCGAAUUUUCAUUUUCUUCUUUAAAUUCAGUAGAAAUGGAAUCAGAAAACAUAUUAACUUUAGGUAUCCUAUCCCUCUUCUGAUAUCUUCUUUCUUCUCAAAGUGUUUUUGAAUAAUCUUUUUUUGAACAUAUAAUCUUUGCUGUAGUCUCUGGUAGGUAUAAGUAUCAAGAUAAUCUUGAUUAUAUCUUAUAGCAUUAGUAAGCCAAUAGUCUGUUUCAAAUAUAAAGACAUUUUCAUACUGUUGAACUUGUGUGGUACUGAAUGUUAACUUUAGCAUAAUAUUUUCAGCAUAUUUCAUAAAUACAGCUGUUUAUUCAGGGCUACUGGGAUCAUAUGUUGGAUCUUCAUUUAUGUCUUCAUCAUAGAUUCCAUUAAAGUCUGGAUCCUUUGUAAUAUCAGUCAAACCUUGUAUUUCACUCCGAUCAUAUUUUUCAAAAAAAGCAGAUGCAUUUCUUUGUAUUGCUAAAUUUUCCAGCACAGUUUCUUCAUCUUGAACUUGAUGAGUCUAGGCAUUCCUUUUUCGGGCAAUCUUAACAUUACUAAUUAAAUCUAUGAAGUUUCCUAGAAUGGCUGUUUUCCUGUCCGGGAGAGGAACGCUGCAUCCGCGCCGUUCCUGUGGUACUGAAAACAGUUGCCGCCGCCUUAGAUGGCUUCUCGCAGGGCCUUGAAUCCGCCCUUAAGGCCCCCGCAGGGGCGAGCGGAGGCGCACCAGAAAAAACUGAGAGGAACUUUCCGGUAGGUUCGCCCCACCGUGGCGGCUCAGCCCUCCUGGCCUCACCAGCCAACACAACUGCUGCCUGGCCACAUGUUUUUAAAAAUUAAUAAAUUUUUUAAAAAUAGAAUGUUUAAGAGGCACUUUGGUAAAGAUUUGUUAAACUAGAAACGUUUUACAUGAUCUGAUACAACCAUGAAUGACUCUUACACAGUAAGUUUUUUAAAAUUAAUGUUUAGUAAUAACUUUUAUUAAAAUAGAUUGCCUUAAAAAUAGAAUGAGAAUGCUUGUGAAGCACUCAGUAAAGAUUUGUUGAACUAGAAAUGUUUUACAUGAUUCUUAAAUUGAAACUUGGUGUAAGAAUAGAAUUGAGAUGGCCUUUUCUUCACAUUGUAGACAGAAAAGGCUUAAUAGUAUGACGUGUACAUAGGGACUGGGAGCAGGAUUGGGGGUUUCAGACUUGUGGAAGUUUUUGGGAUAGGAGACCAGCGGCUUUGGGUUGGGAGUAGUAUGGGAAGAUAAAUAACUGAGGUUGGUUAAGUUGAUAGAUUUACUCCAGAGGAUGAUCUCUUUGUAUUUUGCCAAAUAAUUUAUAGCCGAAAAACUCAAUAUAUAUUGCGAAAAAUAUAUGUUUAUUUUAUGUUAGUAGGCACAUACUGUCAAAUAGUUUUAAAGAUUGAGAGUACAAAUAGAUGUAAACAUCACUUGGAGUAUUAGGUGAUUAAAAAGAUUGAUGGCCAGUGCCAUGGCUCAUGCCUCAAAUCCUAGCACUUUGGGAGGCAGAGGCAGGUGGAUCACUUGAGGUCAGGAGUUGGAGACCAGCCUGGCCAACAUGGUGAAACCCUGUCUCUAAAAAUACAAAAAUUAGCUGGGUGUGGUGGUGGGCACCUGUAAUCCCAGCUACUCAGGAGGCUAGGGCUGGAGAAUCGUUUGAACCUGGGAGGCGGAGGUUGCAAUUAGGUGAAGAUUGGGCCACUGCACUCUAGACUGGACAACAGGAGUGAAACUCCGUCUCAAAAAACAAAAACAGAUUGACAACAAAGACAGCUUCAGAAAAUGACAGGACUGGGCAAAUUAACAAAUGUUUGUAAACAUGAAUAUUUAGAACCUUCUGAUGUACCUCAAUAAGAGUUUGUUUCAUUAAUUGUAAUCAAUCCUCGCAGAACAGUAAAACUGAAGGUUUUUCCUGAAUGUUUUGGCUUACGAUUGUCUACACCCUGCCAAUGUAACUUUGUAUGCAACAUUUGUAAUAAGUGGAUUAAAACUGUGUUGGUAAUCA